ACUACCGUCCCAGGAGAAAGACCAGCUAUGACAGAUCCACUUGUAGCCCCUCAUAGGACCCUUAAUUAUUAGCGGUGUUAUUUCACGGUCUUGCUCUUCACCAGCUGGUGAGCAUAGUGUGUGCUGUGCCAGGAUGGGGAGUCCUAAGCUACAGUUCCGAGGGUCCUUGAGCACCGUAGACCCCAGGAAGUCUCCGGUGCUGAUUGUAGGGCAGCUGGGGCACCUGACUGGCUUGUCAUUCUCUGAUGUGGCUCCAAGACUCCAGCCCAGGGUGGAUGAGGAAGCCUGGAAUCUUGCCGUCAACAGUCUGCAGCCUUCCCCGACAGAUUAUUGCUCACUCUACCUGAAUCUGGCCACAGUGGCUGCUCUGCCCAUCAAGUGUUCCCGUCACAACACCCCGUCCAGGACCCAUGCUGUUACCAAGCUUGUCAAGACCCACUCAACUGGCGGUGACGAGUGCAUUGUGCUGGUGUGUGAGAGAAAUGAUGUGUAUGCCAGUGCCUGUGGGGUGGCACGCGCCUACCCCACCUACUCCCGAAAAACAGCCUCUGGAGGUUCUUCCACAGAGCACACAGUGACGGUAGAAGUGCUGCUGGUCGGGAAGGGAGAUGCUCCUCUCACGCAGGAAGACAUCAAGUUGCUUGAGGAUGCUGUGUUUAGUGUCCGCCUUGCUGCCAGGAUUGUUGACACUCCUGCCAAUGAGAUGCACACUGAUGCUUUCAUUGAGGAAGUGCACAAAGUUGCCCAAAUGUUAGACAUAAAGCCAAUGAUCAUACGGGGAGAGGAUCUGGCAGCCAAGGGUUUUGGUGGCAUCUAUGGUGUUGGUAAAGCAGCCAUCCACCCUCCAGCUCUGGUGGUGCUCUCCCACAUGCCAUCUGGAGCCACUGACAGCAUAGCCUGGGUUGGCAAGGGCAUUGUGUAUGACACUGGUGGACUCAGCAUCAAAACUAAGACCAGCAUGCCAGGGAUGAAGAGAGAUUGUGGAGGUGCAGCUGGCAUACUUGGGGCAUUCUGUGUGGCUGUGCAGUCUGGAUUCAUCCAAAACUUACAUGCCAUAUUCUGUUUAGCUGAAAAUGCUGUUGGGCCAACUGCUACGAAGCCUGAUGACAUUCACACACUCUACUCAGGAAGGACUGUGGAAAUUAACAACACUGAUGCUGAGGGUCGCUUGGUGCUGAGUGAUGGCGUUGCUUACGCUGCCAAAGAGCUGCACUGCUCCACAGUUCUGGACAUGGCAACCCUCACAGGGGCUCAGGGCACAGCCACAGGAAAGUUCCAUGGUGCUGUGCUAACUAACAGCCAAGAUUGGGAAGAUGCAGCAGUGUCAGCUGGAGUAGUUUCAGGGGAUUUGCUUCAUCCACUCCCAUUCACCCCUGAGCUUCACUUUGCUGAAUUUGCUUCUGCUGUGGCUGAUAUGAAGAACUCUGUUGCUGAUCGUUUAAAUGCUACUGCUUCCUGUGCUGGUCUUUUUAUUGCUGCCCACCUUGGCUUUGACUUCCCUGGAAGUUGGAUUCACGUUGACAUGGCUUACCCAGUACACUGUGGUGAGCGAGCAACAGGGUAUGGUGUUGGUCUCCUGCCAGUAUUGUUUGGACAUCAUUCAAAAAACAGGCUGCUGAAGAACUUGGCUCCUAUUUUGUCAGAGAAUGGUGGAUGUGAAGAGAAUUGUAAGGCCUCCAAGAAGAUGAGAUUAUCAUAAUUCAGCAUUGCUUUCUAAUGUUUGCUCAUAUCCUUUAAUAUUCUCUAAUAUUUGGUGACAAUAAUCUUAACUUAGCAUCCAUUUACUUUUUUUUAACCAUCAAUUACUUUAAACAGGGUCACAGUUAUGUAAUUCAUCAGAAUCAAAACUGUACACAAGGAUCCUUCCAUUCUAGCAUUAGACAUGAUAAAAGGUCUGCUACUUAAAUGUUUGAAGGAAUGUUAGUCCCUUACUCAUUGUGCUGGACAUCACUAGAUAAGACUGUCAGAAUUGUCAGGAAUGUUUGGCAGCUUCCUUUCAUUACAAGAUACAGGGUUGUAAUUUCUUUCCUUUAUUUAUUUUUAUUAAUUAGUUUAUUUUUCUUAGAAGAUUUUUGCAGAUUAUUCAUUAUGAAGAGAUCACAGUAGUUUGAAAUAAAGAUAAAAAAAAAAAAAAA